CCACCUGCUGCUCCUGUUGCUGCUGCUGGAGGAGUCGCGGGGGUCCCCCCCUGGAACCCACACUCUCCGCUACGACCUCAUGGCCCUGUCCCUGGACAGGCCUGGGAAGUCCCAGUUCCUGGCCCUGGGAUACUUUGAUGAUGAGAUCUUCCUGCGCUAUGAUGGCGAGAGCCAGAGGGCAGACCCCCGGGGUCUAGGGAUCAAGAUGGACCUGGGAGCUGAGACCUGGGAGAGAGAAACCAAGGACCUGAAGGAGAAGGAGCGGCAGCUCAGACAGAUGCUGACAGAGAUCAUGGGCCAGCAGGGCCAGGGCGCGGGCCUUCACUCCCUCCAGGCCACAUUGGGCUGUGAGCUCCAGGGAGACCUGAGUGUUAGAGGCUUCUGGCGCUUGGGCUACAACAGGCAAGAUCAGGACUUCCUCACCUUCGACUCAGAGACCCUCCCAUGGACGGUGGCCACACCCUCAGCCCUGCACAUCAAGAAGCUCUGGGAGACCCAAGGCCCAAGGGCUGAUCUGGUUAAGACUUUCCUGCGUGUGACUUGUCUUGCCCAACUCUGGAGAUACCUGGCCUCCUGGAGGGGCCUCCUGGAGAAUACAGAUCCCCCGUCAGUGACUGUGACCUGCAGUAAGAACCUGGUGGGCCAGGUC